AUGUGCAGCCUGUUCGUGAACGGGCUGGUGGGCGGGUCGUCUCUGCUGCCCUUCCUCCUGCCUCAGCUGUCGAGCCGGACUCACCGCGUGUCCCUGACCUCCUGCGGGCUCCAGAUGUUCCUCAUGUACACCUACAGCAGCGUGGAGUUCUUCAACCUGGCGGCGAUGGCGUACGACCGCUACGUGGCCAUCUGCUUCCCGCUGAGCUACAGGCGGAGGCUGUGCCCGCGGGCGGUGGGCACGGUGCUGGCGCUGGUGUGGGGCAACAGCCUGAGCCUCGGGGCGUUCGUGGCGACGCUGGUGACCUCGGUGAAGUUCUGCCGGAGCCGCAUCCACAAGAUCUACUGUAACUACUACGACCUGGGCAGCCUGGUGUGCGCGGACGACGCCUUCGUGGGUCCCAGCAUCAAAGUGGUGGAGCUGCUGUACAUGUCGACGGCGCUCCUGGGCAUGGUGGCGUUCAUCGUCUUCACGUACGUGCGCAUCCUGAUGGUGUGUUUCCGCGGCUCCAGGCAGACGCGGCAGAAGGCGGUGAGCACCUGCGCGCCGCACCUGGCCUCGCUCACCAACUACGGCCUCGGCCUGUUCCUGGAGGAGAGCCAGACCAAGUUCGACAUCCAGAACAUCUCGAGGGUCUUUCAGGUCUUCCUCAGCCUGUACAUCGUGGUCGGGCCUCCUCUUCUCAACGCUCUGCUCUACGGACUCAACAUGAGCCAGCUCAGGGCCGUGUGCAAAGGCCUGCUGGCUCCUAAGAACAUCUGA